AUGGAUCCUAUUCGAGUCAUCGCUCUGUUCUCUUUCUUCUUCACUGCUGCCGUAGCAUUCCCCCAGCAGACUGCUGCAGGGACAACAGCCGCGCCACUGGCGACAAUCACCAAGGCUGCAUCGCUCAGCUGUUCGGACGGGCAGACCGCUGUUUACACGAAAGAUUGUACGAUGGGAACUCCUACAUCUUACUGCGCUAGACCAGAGCCCCCGAUCCAGUGCUCAGAGGGAUAUUUCCCUUCAGUUUGGCACCCAGGUCAUUGCAUGGAGAUGUCGACCUGUUUCCCGCUUGAUGCAUCCUGGAUCACAACCGAGUGCUCAUAUGGGGCGAUUCCUUGGACUACCACAACCUUGUAUGAAGGUACCUUAGCGGGAGGACAGUCGACUAUUAUCAGUGCUGUUUCAUGCUCCUGUGCCAAAGAUCAAUGGUAUAGCAUGACAAUCCUCCCAGACGCAUCCACUGCCGACACUUUCUGCAUGCCCUCAAGUUCCUGUCCAGCAGGCAUGACAACCUCAGUAUCAACUAACACUUACUGUGCAACCGCACCGGCGAGUGCGUGCUCAAACGUUCCCUUGGAAACCAAUUUCUGCGAGUGCGAGGAUAGAACACAGACACCUGUAUACCCCAACUCUGUUGGAGCGGCUCCAACUGGAUGUAGGGCUUAA